UCCUUAGUCUCUCCCCUUUUGGAAACUGUGUGUACCUUCCACCUCCUCCUUCCCAAACUAGGAUUCCUCAUUCUCAUUCCUAUCUGAGGUGCUCUCUGUGCCCCACCAUUCCACCUAUGUCAAAGUCUCCCAUGAAAAGGCUCUGUGUUCUUCUUUCCUCACUCCAAGUUCCAAGAGUUCUGCUUGUUUCCCAUUCACCAUCUUUGACCAAGCAAUUUAAAAUCUAUUUUAUAUUUGCCUUAGAGAGAAGUCAUUCAGGGCAUUUAAAAUCAAGUGUGAGGAUGGGCAAAACCAUUAUGGUGGGUAUUGUUAUGGUGGAAGAUGGUAAACAGAACAUCGGUCUUGUCUUUGAUAUAUAGAGCUCUGACUGAAGCUGCUGGAUUUGCUUACCAAAUGACUUGGAAUAUCUUCCUUCUCCAUCCUCCAUACCCCUGGCUUCUGUGUCUCCUCAUUUCUCUUUUUAGUUUUCUGACUUUCACCAAGUUCAAGAAGUUUCUGCCUAUUGAUGCCUAAAACUUUUCCUUCAAACAGUGGGAUUGAUGAGAUGCAGCAUUUAAGUUAUCGCAUGACAUUCAGACAAAGAAAUACCAUUAUGUUGAGCGUAUGGGCUUGCAAACUCAGUGAGUAAAGUCGGUCUAGGGUAGAAUCUGAAAACAUUCUAUAUUUUAUGGACAAACAAAGGGAUAAGACUAGUGAGAUACAUGAUCAUAGCUUGGUGCACAUGUGAAAACUUAGAACGUUAAGAAAAGUUAAGGGAGGGGAAGUAGUUGUCACAGUACAGUAGUGCACUAGGUAUUCAUCAAUAACUGAUUCAAAUUUGUCUUGGUUACAGGUAAAAUGAAAUCAUUGGUACUUUUCAAAUAACACUGGUUUCUAUGCAAAGAAAUUCACGGUGUUGUGAACUGUGUUCUGAAUCACUCAAUAGUCAGAAGAGAAUUCCAGGAAUGUUUUAGUCAAGACAGUCAAAACCAAGGCAUAUUUACAGAUUUAUGCCAUCAGUUCAGUAAAGAAAUUUAAAUAAGUUUUAUGAAAGAGGCUGGUUUAGGCCAUAAACAAUGGAGGGGUGGUCCCAUUUCAUCAAACUGCAAGCAGUGUCCAGUAGUUUAUACCAAUCCUGUUUGUGGAUCAGAUGGUCACACAUAUUCUUCUCAGUGCAAACUAGAAUAUCAAGCAUGUGUCUCAGGAAAACAGAUCUCAGUGAAGUGUGAUGGACGUUGUCCUUGCCCUUCAGAUAAAGUAACAAGUACAGGAAGAAAUGAUAAGAGGGUGUGCAGUGAUCUGGAAUUUAGAGAAGUUGCAAAUAGAUUGCGAGACUGGUUUAAGGCACUUCAUGAAAGCGGAAUCCAGAACAAGAAAACCAGAAUUGUACAAAGGCCUGAAAGAAGCAGAUUUGAUACCAGCAUUUUGCCAAUUUGCAAGGACUCCCUUGGCUGGAUGUUUAACAGGCUGGAUACGAACUAUGACCUGCUGUUGGACCAGUCAGAGCUUGGAAGCAUUUACCUUGACAAGAAUGAACAGUGCACCAAGGCAUUCUUCAAUUCUUGUGACACAUACAAGGACAGCUUGAUAUCUAACAAUGAGUGGUGCUACUGCUUCCAGAGACAGCAAGACCCACCUUGCCAGACAGAACUCAGCAACAUUCAGAAGCAGCAAGGGGGAAAGAAGCUCCUCGAUACCUAUUACAUCCCAUUAUGUGAUGAAGAUGGGUACUACAAACCAAGUCAGUGCCAUGGAAGUACAGGGCAGUGCUGGUGUGUUGACAGAUAUGGUAAUGAGGUAACAGGAUCCAGAACAACUGGUGCUGCUGAAUGUGCUAUUGAUUUAGAGACCUCAGGUGAUUUUGCCAGUGGUGAUUUCCAUGAAUGGACAGAUGAUGAAGAUGAUGAAGACGAUGUGAUGAAUGAUGAAGAUGAAAUUGAAGAUGAUGAUGAGGAUGAAGGGGAUGAUGAUGUGGAUGAUGAUGAUCAUGAUGGAUACAUUUGAUGAUUUUAGAGGUCAACAAAUUGUACCUUUCUAAAAAUCACAAGGUGACAUCUCAUAGAAAAUUCCUUUGCUCUGCAAGAUGAAAAGGAUUUAAAAAUAUGUAUAUUUUGUAUGAUUAUUUCAAAUAUUACAGCUGGAGUCAUAGACUUUGUUUAAAUAAGAAUCAUUAUAUUAUGUGCUUUUGAGGUUUUUUAUGCCUUUGAGCAGAAGAAAACACAUUGGAAGUCUAGACUGAAGAAAUAAUUGUGAUGUGCUACUAGAAAAUAAACAUGCAGAACAUCAUAAGGACAACCAAACUUUUAAAAACUUCCAUAAGGAAUAUUUACCAUUGUUUGGGACUUUGUGCUCUAAUGUAUGUUAAAGUUUCAUUAACUUUAGCAGUUACUUAGGCCAUGUGGUCUUUCAAAUUGAACAUGACCUGGACCAAUCAUUUACUGCAGUAGAAACUUCAAUGCACAAGUAGCAUCUCACCAACCUUUAAUUAACCAAAGGUGUGGAGAAAAUGUGACUGUAAGAGAAAAUAAUGUAAGUUCCUUCUUUCUGUUUGCAUUGUAGUUAUGUUUUUGAUCAGGAAAUGGCUAAGUUUAUGAAGGAAUGUCUUUUAAAAGCCGUAAACACAGGCAAGAAUUGAUUCUGCAAGUCUGAAGUUUUGUUGUCCUUUUUUUAAUUUUUCUUUUGACAUCGAACUCUAUAUAGACUUUACUGUUUACUCAAGCAGCAGCAUUAUUUCACCCUCUUUUGUUUGUCUCUUUCUUAACCAGAGUUGCAUAAAAUAUUUUAAAUAGGAAAACUUUUCAAAUACACUUGAUUUAUAUUACAUUGUACUUGAGAGUGACAGCACUUGACUCAAGAUAAUUUAAGUAACCCCUAACUAUAAUUUUAUUUUCCUAUUUCAGGAAAUAGUUUUUCAUCUUUUUCUUUAAUUCAUGUCUUUUUCUGUUGUUAGUGCAGAACUUUAGAGAAAGUAUUGUAAGGUGCCUUGCAAAAUAGAAAUAGAAAGGUUUUAGCAUGCAUACCGAUAUAGGACGUUAGGCAAUAGCUAAGCACACCCAGUUACCAAAAUAAUACCAGUAUAGGUAUUGCUGCUGGAAUGAAGAAAAUGGGUUAUUUUAUUUUUUUUCCUAUUGUUAUGUAAUUACCAUGUGGACUAGAUUAUGAUUAUUGUGUAGCGUAGCAUUUAAGAUUUGACUGUAGAGAAAAUUACUUUAAUCACUGUAUUUAUGUUAGCAUGUUAAUUAAUCGUGUAGACAUUUCAGAACUCCAUCACCUCCGUGCAUAUCGACCUAUGGCUUUCCACCCACAAUAAAAUUGAAACAACCUGUGUAACAUACUGCAGGUUGUAUAAUUUCAACAGUUGAUCACUGAUUUCCCUGAUUUUCAUCUGCAGUUAAUUGAAAGGAAAAUCAGUUUAUUAUUUGCAUUUGAUUUCUACAUAUUAAAUACUAAAUUUAAUGUUUAUCUUAUGUAAUAUUAAAAAGUAUAAUGCAUUUUCUUUUUUACUGUUUAUGUAUAGUUUGCAAAAUAAAGACUCUUGUAACCAA